AUGCUCUUUGCCUUCCGACCUCUUCCGCGUUUUGGUCGACUGCUCAAUCUUCUGGCGACGAAAUCGAAGCGCAACCGAUGUAUUUAUCAUCGUCGUCAAAACCGGGGGCUCGUUGUUGCUGGCGUUGGUGAGGUUGUUGGUGAGGAAAAUCCUUCGUCUUCUCGCGACAAAAACAAAAGGGAAAAGAGAACGAGAAAAGACGCUUUACACUCCGCGCUUCGAGAGAUUUCUAACUCUUCUUCGAACGACGACGGUUCUUCGCGCGAGCAAAAACAACCGGACGGAAGAUUCCGGGAAACUGCGAUCGAUAAGGCGAAAUCGCAAGCGUUAAGGUUUCUCGCGGCGAAACCUCGGACGAAGAAAGAAUUGGAACUAAAAUUGGUGGAAGACAAAGGGUACGAGGUGGAAGACGCGCGAGAAGCGCUGGAGGAAAUCGAACGGUUAGGAUUACAUUCGGACAAGUUAUACAGCGAACAGUGGGCGAGAAUGAAAUGGAGACAAUCGAGGUGGAAUAAGUGGAAAGUAGCGAGUGAGUUGAAGAGGAGAGGGGUAGAUGAGAACGACGUCGAGGACGGGUUGUGGAAGGUGUACGCGGAUUGGGAGCGGUCGCUCAGGGAGGAGUUGCUGAACGCGUGCAGGGAUUACGAAGACGCGUGCAGCGGAGUGUACGAUGACGGUACUACGAAUAACAACAGCGAGCUUUUGCGGUUUACGCACGAAUCCGACGUGAGCGUCUCUGGAGCGGAAGGUGAGGACGAAAGCGCGGUGGUCGGGAAACGCGCGAGCGAACUCUUCGCCUCGGCUCGAAAGCAGUGGGUUUCGGGAGCGUCCGCGCGAUAUUUAAAGGACGAUUCCGAGGCGAAAACCCGACGACUUUUCGCGUGGUUGCAACGCAGAGGGUUCGAUCAUAACGUCGCCCGAAUUGUCGCGGAGACGUUGAAAGAGGAAGACCAGAGAGAACGGUGGCGACGAGAAGAAGAGGAAGAGAAGGAGGAGGAGAGCGUUGGAGAAUAA